UCUCAUGUCUUUAAGUACAGCAUCAAGAGCAGAAAGGAGAGGAAAGCAUCCCCAACCUCAGAAGAAGGGAGAACUGACCAUGGGAAGGGCUCCUUGUUGCGACAAAGAAACCGUGAAAAAAGGCCCAUGGUCCCCUGAGGAGGAUGCCAAGCUCAAGUCCUACAUCCAACAGCAUGGCACUGUUGGGAAUUGGAUCGCCCUACCACAGAAAAUCGGCCUUAAGCGAUGCGGUAAGAGCUGCCGCCUCCGGUGGCUUAACUAUCUCCGGCCAAAUAUUAAGCAUGGAGGGUUCUCUGAGGAAGAAGAUAACAUCAUAUGUAGCCUAUAUGUUGCUAUUGGGAGCAGAUGGUCUAUAAUUGCAGCACAGUUGCCUGGAAGGACUGAUAAUGAUAUAAAGAACUACUGGAACACCAAGCUGAAGAAGAAGCUACUGGGAAAGCAGCACAAGAACCAGCAACAGGCUCAUCGUGUCUGCCAUAAGAAUCAGGAGACCAAGGAAUCAAAAGAUGGCAGCUCCUUUUGGGCCACGCCGCCUAAUAUUCCCACCAACCAAUUCAAGUACCAGGUGGAUCACCAUGUUGGCGAUGGCCAUGCAUCGAUCCGAAAGUUUUCGAUGAACGUCGAUGGGAGGUUUUCUUGCAAUUAUGAUGCUGGACGUGAGACUCCACUUGCUUCCUUUCUGGAACAGCAGCACUUGCAUAGAAGUUCUACUGGUUCAAUUGAACUUUCAGAACAAGUCAAUUCUUUCAUCAAUGGUUGUUCUCCAUCGGGCUACCACAUACUGCAAGGUCCAAAUGGGAUUCCUGUGGAACUUGAUGAGAUGUUCUGUGGCAACUCAGUAAAAUCAGUAGGGUUGGAUGGCUUCAUUGGAGUGGGGAACAUGGUGGGUGAGAGCAAUGGGACUAGUACAUCAGGGAGCAUGAAUUGGAAUGAGGUAAGCCCUUUGAUCUAUCCUCCUGUGGUUUCUAGCUAUCAAGGGAUGCAGCAGCAAUGUCUUCCUGAUGAACUGGUGCACCUCCUUGGGGCACAAUGACUGCUGUUGUACAUGAGCCGUGCCAACUAGUAAUAUUGGCGGAGGUGGUGGUGUUGGAAUUAAUUAAGAUAAACCCCAUUAACACACCCUUGGGAAGAGUUGUUUGGUGUGCGCUUUUGGUUUGAACCCUUAUAACUAGUGUUUCCUCAUCUUUUGGUUUUUAAUUAAACACUUACAUUAGUUCGUUUGAUAGAAAAAUCACUAGCAUUAAUUGUGUAGUUGUUGGUUUGUUUCCUGUUGGGAUCUUCCUCCAAUUCCUGAACUGUAACUUCUGUCCUUGACUGAAAAGUUCUCAAACUCGAAGCUUUACUUGUGUCAUGAAACUUGGGCCUGUCUUGUUAUGAUGUUGGGAUGUUCCCAUGUGCUAAAGGACUGUUGCUUGCAAUGCUGAAAGGCUCUCACAGAACCUAGCGUACAAAUUAACAGGCAAAGGCAUCGGCUUGUUAUGAAAUGACCAUUCAUUGUUUCAAAGUUCUUGGAAGACCAAGAUGGAAAGCACUAAUUGAGAGGAGGUGCUUUGAGAAUUUGGCAACAUCUUUCUAGGCUCUAGCAAGUCGGGCAUCCCAAGAUGUCUAGUCUC